AUGCAGUGUGUGGAUAAGAUAUGUUCUGAGUAUAAAGUGGUGCUCGCUAGCUCCUCACCAAGACGAUAUGAGAUUAUGCAUGACAAUAUGGGCUUCAAUGAUCUUCUUAUCAUGAAGCCUACAUUUGAGGAGGAUUUGGAUAAAUCACUAUACAUAAAUAAUCCAAUUCAGUAUGUCGUGGAUACUUCUUAUGGUAAAGCUCAAAGUAUCUUGGUUGACUUGCAGAAUGUGAAAGAAAAAAGAUUGGUUGUAUGUGCCGAUACUAUUGUCCUUGAUUGGGAUAAUAUCAUAUAUGAGAAACCAGGUACCGCUGAAAGACAAUUAGAAAAUUUGAAACGUUUCUGUUAUGAAUCCGAGAAACCAUUAAAAGUGGUCACUGCGGUGACAAUAAUUGAAUGGGACCCUAAUGGGGUCGAUCAUGGUGAUAAUGAUACUAAUAAUAAAUUAGCCAACCAACAAAUACGCCAAUUCCAUGAAAUAUCAAACGUUUAUUUCGAUUCAAAAAUAUCUGAACAAGUCAUUCAAGAUUAUGUUAAUAGUGAGGAUGGACUACAAGUAGCAGGUGGAUUUAAAGUUCAAGGUUAUUCAGGUAUCCUAAUUAAUCGAAUUGAAGGAGAUUAUUAUAAUAUUGUUGGUCUACCAUUGAAUCGUACUUUCAAAGAGUUAUUGUCAUAUGUAUAA